AUGAAGUGGAUGCCCGUGAAGCGCAUCCUUCGGUACCUGCGCGGGACGACGUCGCUCAUACUACUUUCAGUGAGCGCCCAAAGCGAGGCAGGCGACAAGUCGGACGCCAAGUCAGUGUCAGAUGCCGUGCUAGAGCUGAACGGGAUGGUGAGCGCAUGGUCGUCCGAGAAACAGGCAUUCACAUGGAUGAGCGACAAUUGGUGCGAAACAACCGCAGUAAUGCCCAGCCACGUGCAGUUUGAGAUCCACAACAGCGAGCCGAUUGCCCGACGAAUUAUGCUGUUCUGCUUCAUGGCCGUGUCGUCGCCAAGCGGCCUGGACUCCACUUGGCGGGCUUACACGUGA